AUGCUGAACGUCUACAUCCCACUGACCCUCACCGCUGGUUUAGCCCUCUGGGCUCUCGUUUUCCGUCGGCGUAGCGUCUUUGCCAACAUUCAGGGACCCCCUCCGUCCCGCAGGUUCCUCACAGGUCAUCUGCGCAAGUUUUUGGGUCGCCGUGGAUGGGAGUAUCAGCUUGAACUGGCAUCUGGCAAGUAUGGACAGGUCGUCAAGAUCGAUGGCGCGUUUGGAAAUAAGUGGCUAUAUGUCGUCGACCCCGUAGCGCUCAAUCAUAUCAUCCUGAAAGGUCAGAAUGUCUACGAGGAAUCUCCGCUAUUUCUCGCCAUCAACAGGCUUCUCUUUGGGCCCAGCGUCUUGUCCACCGUCGGCGAUCAUCACAAACAACAGCGCAAGCUCCUAAAUCCUGUGUUUUCCACCAACCACAUGCGACACAUGCUCCCAAUCUUUUACCGAAUCACGGAGCGGCUACGCGACACGCUCGCAGAGAUGACCGUCGAUGGGCCGCGAACGAUCGACAUGCUUGGGUGGACUACUCGCGCCGCGCUCGAGAUGGUCGGACAAGGCGGUUUGGGUCACUCAUUUGACUCCUUGGAGGCCGAUUCUACGAACGCUUACGCAGAGAACAUGAAGAGCUUCGCCCCGACGUUCUUCCCCAUGAUACUUGUCCGCCAACUUCUGCCGCAGCUCAUCAAUAUCGGCACGCCACGCAUUCGACGCUGGAUCGUAGAGUACACCCCGCAUUGGCGCGUGCAGAAGCUCAAGCGAAUCAUUGACUCGAUGCACACGGUUGCAUGUUCGAUCUUCGAAGGCAAGAAGGCCGCGUUUGCCCAAGGAGACGACGCCGUAGUGCAGCAGAUCGGAGAGGGAAAAGACAUCGUCAGCAAACUGCUACAAGCGAACUUCGCGACAUCGGAGAAAGACCGUCUGCCAGACGAAGAAGUCCUCGCACAGCUAUCAGCUUUAGUUCUGGCUGCGAUGGACACCACCUCCAGCGCUCUCGGGCGUACCCUCCGGAUUUUGGCCGAGCACCCCGAAGCGCAAUCUCGCCUCCGUAAGGAAGUCACAGAUGCCCUCGAAAAUGCAGAUGGGGGACGACUUUCCUAUGAUGAGUUGAUGGGGCUGCCGUACCUCGACGCCAUCUGUCGCGAGACUCUCCGGGUGUACCCGCCGCUCGUAGGACUAGGGCGCGUGACCCUCAAAGACACCAUUCUCCCCGUGGGGACGCCCCUCAAGGGGACGGACGGGUCUCUCAUAAGUGAGAUACACGUCCCCAAAGGCACCAUGAUCUACUUCGGCAUCCUGGGCUCGAACCGCAACCCUGCUCUCUGGGGCCCGGACGCGCACGAAUGGAAGCUUUAUUAUUAUUAUUAUUAUCAUUCUAUCCCUAUGUGUCACAUAUGCGCGUGUGCCUACACAGCUAAGAACAAGUUGCAGAAAGCGCACGAAUGGAAGCCGGACCGGUGGCUCAGCCCGCUGCCCGACGCGGUCAUGAGCGCGCCGAUUCCAGGCGUAUACUCUCACCUGAUGACGUCCAACGGCGGCGGCCGGUCCUGCAUUGGCUUCAAGUUCUCGCAGAUGGAGAUGAAGGUCGUCUUGUCCACGUUGGUUCGGCACUUCGCGUUGGAGGUCCCGCGAGACCUUCCGGUUCCUAUUGUGUGGAGCUCGGCGGGUAUCCAGUCCCCUAGCUUGGGCUACGAGAGCGAUAAGCCAGAGCUCCCGCUGAAGAUUGGCUUGGUGAAAGCGUAG